CUCAAGCGGUACCAGAUUGACGGCGUGAGUUGGCUCAUGCGGAACUUGUUGGCUCAGGAACAGCCUAUUGGAAGCAUCCUAGGCGACGAUAUGGGGCUAGGAAAAACGGUGCAAGUCGCAUGUUUUCUAGGCGCCAUGUACUUGACCAAAGGAAACGCGUGUCGGCCAAGAGCAUCGUUGAUCGUUGCGCCGCCUUCGUUAUUGGAUAACUGGAAGCAGGAGUUGCAGCGUUGGACCAAUCUGGAGGUGCUGAAGUUCGAGACUAAAAGUUGUGUUUCCUGUCUAGAACGCUGCGAGGCAGGUCUAGUGCACAUCGUUGUGAUGUCGAAUGGGCUUUUUUCGCAAGAUCCGACCACCAAUGAAGAGCUACAACGGGUUUUGAGAACAAACUGGGGCUCCAUCACGUUUGACGAAGUCCACACAUGUAAAAACCCAGAAACGUUGCUGUCCUCCAACGUAGCGCAACUGCGAAGCAGGAGAAAGCUCGGCUUGACCGGAACCCCAGUGGCGAACAACAUAGGAGAGUUUUGGGCAUUGCUGCGAUGUGUAGGUGCACAUCGACCUUAUGGGACACGGGAGGAGUUCAACCAGCGCUACAGUGAACCGAUUCAGGAGGGCCUGAAGAAGUCGACGGAUUUAUGAUCAUGGGAAACACAAAUCAAGAUCAACAAGAAUAAAAUACUCACGAGGACUUGCAAUGAAUUUAACGAUAUACUAACUAGUGACUGAUCAAGAUUAUUUUCGUUUUAUUUGAAAAAAAUUUUACCUUCGAAUCAGCACCAGGAUCGCUUUUGUAUCCUGUACUGCAGAUGUUUAGCUAUAAUUCGGUAUAGCCUGAAUUCGAUCCCGAGGGCUCUCUUCUUGCUUGCCAUUGUGAUCAAAUUCAGGUUACCAAAUUCCAGGACCAUUCAUAUCCUGAAAGUUAUGCUUCCUUCAACACCUUAAACUUAACCCCGUUCUCUGCUUUCAUACCUCAUCGUCAAACUCCACGCCCGCGAUCGGGCUACGAAGAUGUUUCGAGAGGUCAUCCUUCGCAAGCAUUUUCUUCGGAGGACAAAGUUAGAAGUUGGUCUAGCUUUGCCAGGGAAACGAGACAGGAUUGUCACAUGUCCGCUGUCCCCACUACAGCUGCAAUGUUAUCUUAACCUGCUCCAAAGCAAAGACGUUUUAGCCAUAAAAGCAGGCGGUCGAGCAGUCCCGUUGUCAGAGGUGGAAGCCACUACUGGAGGCAAUGGGAGCCGAGCAGUCCUCCCGCUUCAUGGUACUACCAGUUGCACCCCAGUUCCAGGUCCCGGAGCACAAGACGAGAAAGUGACAUUCCACAAGUGCAUCUGUAGCGAAGGACCCAAGCACUGUAGCUGCAAUAUGGGUGUCAUCUGGACUCAUAUGCACAAGAAAUGCGAAUUAGAAGACCGCGCUUGUCGGUCCUGGCUUCAUCCUUACAAAUGCCAUUGGCUUUCCGUCAUGUCCUGGCUGCAGAAGAUCGCCAACCACUUAGACUUGUUGCAAACCAAGCUGUUGAUUCCAGAGGCUGAUUUAAAAGGUCAAGAGGAGCGAGCAGAACGAGACAUGCAAUUGUCGCUUUGUGAGCAAAUCUUCAGAGACACCGAACUAGAACCCGUUUUGAGAUCUUUGAAAGCGGAGAUUAGGAAACAGCAACAUGAAAUAAGGAAACAGCGAGUAGAACAAGAGUUCAACAUGCUGGAUUCGCAAUCGCAGUUUCCAGAAAGCAUAGUUCUAGGAGAUCAGCAGGUAGGAGUACUACAUCAAGGUCGACCUCAACAGCAGAAUCAAAAAACCAGCAGACGCACUCAACUCGAGAGUUCUUCUCUUCUUCGUCGUGCCUCAGCUGGCCACUGUGGCAAACUGAGGACUCUCCUCCAACUCCUCACGCUGUGGCAAAAGCACACAGUUGAGAAGAAUAAGGUUCUGGUCUUCUCUCGCAGUACCAAACUUCUUGACAUCAUUGAGAACUCUUGCCGCGCACAUGGUUUUCGCGUUUUGCGCUUGGAUGGGGACACACCGCACAAAGACAGGCAAAAGCUGUGCACCCAGUUCAACAACACCUGCGAGCGGACGGGGGAUAACAUUUUUGUGUUUUUGAUUUCGACAAGGGCAGGAGGAGUGGGGCUGAACUUGACGGCGGCGAACAAAGUCGUCAUUUUUGACCCGGAUUGGAACCCGACCAUGGAUUUGCAAUGCCAAGAUCGUGCGUUUCGCAUUGGUCAGAUGAGAUUUGUGUUACGGUGGAUUUGGUGA